AUGGCGGACAGUGGAGCUGCACCAAUGCUCAUCACAGCCCUCAUUUUGGCGAUACCGUACACAAUUGAGCCAUGCUCUGGAGCAAAUGUAAAAAUUGGUGUUCCGGAAAAUUAUGAUGGCAUUUUUCCGUGGUACCUUGCUAAGCUCAGUAACCUUCCGAGUAAUUACACUGAGCUGGCGGUGUCCGGAGAUGAGGACGGGAUAUUUGGAAUCGACGGUCAGUUUCUGUAUGCCACAAAGCCUCUGGACAGAGAGAAGCAGCCGUCUUACUCUCUGCAGGUGUCCUUUAGACCGUCACCUGUUCUUCAAAACAUCCGGACGUCAAUGCAUCGUCAGAGCUUCACUGUUGAAGUGUGUGUCAUCGACAAAAAUGACAAUGUGCCCACUUUCAAAAAGGAGACGAUGAGAGGCAGCGUGCAGCUCGGCCUUCUGAAAGGGAUCUCCUUCAUGCAAGUGGAAGCCAUGGAUCGUGAUGACCGGAACACAGCUCACGCUGAGCUGCGGUUCAGCCUCAUGGAACAAACUCCCAGAAUUCCCUCCAGUCAAAUGUUCUCUAUGGACUCCAUCACUGGAGAGGUCUCCCUCACCGAGGAAGGUUAG